AUGCUGGUACUAGCCUUCGUGCUGCUAAUUGCUGGAACGGCAGUGUCCCUGGAAAACAUCUCAUUCUCAGGUGCACAAGGUAUCAUCUAUUCGCCUGGAUACCCUGGUGAUUAUGGAAAUCAGCUGAAUCAGUACUAUGUUAUUACGGUGGAUCAAGGUUAUUAUAUUCGAUUGACAUUGUACGAUUUUGAAACGGAAGCAUGCUGCGAUAAGCUGUAUAUGUGGAACGGUGUGGAUACUACACAGUCUACAAUCGCAAAUGUAUCUGGUGAUGCGACGGGACAAGUUUUCAGCUCUACGGGACCCGUCAUGAUGUUACUGUUCAGCACUGACAUCACAGGUCAAGAUCGAGGAUUUGCAAUCCACUACGAGAUGGUACUAGCGAAUACGGAGUAUGAAGCGCCGAACACUUGUCAAUCUGGAUUAGUUACAUCGGGAAUGGGAUUCGUUACUUCUCCCGAAUGGCCAUCUUCAUAUCCGAAUGAUAUUACUUGCGAUUAUUUGAUGGCGAUGCCGAAAGGGAGCAGAGUGAUGUUGACGUUUGUGGCAUUCUCCACCGAAGCAUGUUGUGACAAAGUCGAAAUCUACGACGGACCGAAUGCUAGCUAUCCUAAGCUGGCCAUUCUCUCCGGUAAUGCUUUGGUGAACAGCACGUUCUACUCUACACAACAAAGCAUGUUCCUGACGUUUUACUCGGAUUACACCAUGAAUGAUAAGGGUUUCAGCGCCUACUAUAAACAAAUCACAUAG